GCCGCCGGGUUCCCGGGCGCCGGCGCCAUGAGGUCCCAGGCGGCCGCGGUCACCUGGCGGUCGCGCCCCGCAGGUGAGGUGAGAGGCCGUGCGUUCCCGGCUUCCCGUCGGCGCCGAGGACGGCUUCCAUUCCAGCGGAGCGGCCCCGCGCGGCGCCCCGAGUCGUCACGGAAACCCGCGCUCCGCGGCGUCUGCGAUCUCUCGGUGCUGGCGGCUUCCCUACCGCGGAGACUUUCCUAACCGAGUGGGGUCGGGAGCGGAGAGCGCGCGUCUGCCCAGACCGCCGGGUGCACGGAGAGCUACCGGGAUGGCCGCGGCUUCGGGGUUCCGCCCGGCCCAGGCUGGCCCGGCUGCAGAGGAGCACGCGGGUAUUAUCAGAGUGAAGGUGAAGGAGGAAGACCCGCUGUGGGGGCCAGAACCCUGCCUGCCGAAGGGUCUGUCUCACACCAGGGAGCUCCGCCGCCAGCGCUUCAGGCACUUCUGCUACCAGGAGACCCCUGGGCCCCGCGAGGCCCUCACCCGGCUCCGGGAGCUGUGCAGACGCUGGCUGCGCCCCGAGUCCCACAGCAAGGAGCAGAUCCUGGAGCUGCUGGUGCUGGAGCAGUUCCUGACCAUCCUGCCCGAGGAGCUCCAGGCCUGGGUGCGGGAGCAGCACCCCGAGAGCGGGGACGAGGUGGUGGCCGUGCUGGAGGACCUGGAGAGGGAGCUGGACGAACCCCGACAGCAGGUCUCACAGAGUACACAUAGGCCAGAGACGUCUGUGGAGGAAAUGACUCCUCUGGAUACCGCAAAGGAGUCCUUGGGGACCCAGUUCCAGUCUGUGGAAGACAGCAUGGAAUGUGAAUCUCCAGAGCCACACCCACUGCAAGGGUCAUUUUUGUGGCUUUCCAUGAUGUCUCAAAGCAUGGGUGGUGAUGAUAACCCCAAUACCUUGGACACUCAUGAACCAGAAGUCAAACCAGAAAACAUGAGAGAGAAGUUCUUCAGAAGCUUAGCAGUGUUAUUGGAAAACAAAAGUAAUAAUACCAAGAUAUUUUCUAAAGCAAAGUACUGUCAAUUAAUAAGGGAAGUGAAAGAGGCAAAAGCAAAGGCAAGAAAGGAAUCAGUUGACUACCGUCGCUUGGCUAGAUUUGAUGUGACCCUUGUACAGGGAAAUGAAAAGCUGAUUGAGGCUGUAAAUGGGGAAACAGAUAAAGUACGGUAUUACUUACACAGUGAGGAGUUAUUUGACAUUCUGCAUGAUACCCAUCUCAGCAUUGGACAUGGUGGGCGUACCCGCAUGGAAAAAGAAUUACAAGCAAAAUACAAGAACAUCACGAAGGAAGUUAUAAUGCUAUACUUGACACUCUGCAAACCAUGCCAACAGAAAAAUUCAAAACUCAAGAAAGUUCUAACAUCAAAGCCAAUUAAGGAAGUUAAUUCAAGAUGCCAAGUGGAUCUUAUAGAUAUGCAAUCGAGUCCUGAUGGGGAGUAUAAAUUCAUCAUGCAUUAUCAAGACCUUCAUACAAAGUUGAGUUUUUUGCGGUCACUAAAAUCUAAAAGGCCUAAGGAAAUUGCACAUGCUCUUUUAGAUAUUUUUACAAUUAUCGGAGCACCCAGUGUCCUGCAAUCUAACAAUGGAAGGGAAUUUUCAAGCCAGAUUGUCGGUGAACUUAGUAAUAUUUGGCCAGAAUUGAAAAUUGUCCAUGGGAAGCCUCAGCCCUGUCAAAGCCAAAGUGCUAUGAAUCAAACUAAUGAGGAUAUCCAAAAUAGGAUUAUCUCCUGGAUGCAAACUAACAAUUCAUCACACUGGGCUGAAUUUUUGUGGUUCAUUCAAAUGACCCAAAAUCAGCCCUAUCACCGAGGCAUGCAACAGAUUCCACUUGAAGGCACAUUUAACUCUGAAGCUAAGCUAGGCCUGUGUCAUUCUCAGUUGACAGAAGAGCUUAUUGCUAGCCUGAAUCCAGAACGUGAAUUAGAGCAGGUUGACAGAGAAUUAGAAUAUACACCAGGAGCUCAGUAUGAGGAGAACGUCGAGACUGGCACAGAUAGUAGUGAUGUUGAGGAGAAUCUUACAGCUAUUCCUUCCAGGACCAUGAAAAACCUUCCAGAAAGCAGACUUAAGUUUUUAUCCUGUAUAGUUUGUGAGAAGGUAUGCUCAGGUGCUUAUAGUUGUGUGUCGUGUGAUGGAAAUGUCCAUGCAAUCUGUGGGGUGCCCCCUCAACAUGACACUGAGGGCUGUCCUCACAAAAUAACGUGUAGUCUCUGCUAUGAGACCACUACAAUGAAAAGAAAACAUGAUGAGAUCCAAAGAAGUUCAACUGGUCAACCUUCCAAAAUGCUGAAGCUGUCAGAGACACCAUUCUCAUCAGACAAAGUAGGAGAUUGGAUGGUGAAACAAGCUUCGCUGGACUUUUUUGUCAAGAAAAAACAUACCUUUUCUGAAUAUGGUAGCAGUAGUAGAAGAAAUGGUAAGGAUGGAAGUCGCCCAGAGGAAGUAAAAACCAAAAGAGUUCAUACAAGUUUUACUCGGAAGUAUGAUCCCUCAUAUAUCGAGUUUGGUUUUGUAGCCGUAAUUGAUGGUGAAGUGCUAAAACCACAGUGUAUUAUUUGUGGAGAUAUAUUGGCUAAUGAAGCAAUGAAACCAUCAAAACUUAAGCGGCAUUUAUAUUCAAAACAUAAAGAAAUAAGUUCACAACCGAAAGAAUUCUUUGAAAAAAAGAGUAGUGAAUUAAAAAGCCAACCAAAGCAGGUGUUUAAUGUUUCUCACAUAAACAUCAGUGCUCUGCGGGCUUCGUAUAAAGUGGCGCUCCCGGUUGCCAAGUCAAAAACGCCAUACACAAUCGCUGAGACGCUGGUGAAAGACUGCAUCAAAGAAGUCUGCCUGGAGAUGCUGGGUGAGUCAGCAGCGAAGAAGGUGGCUCAGGUGCCACUUUCUAAUGACACCAUAGCUCGACGCAUUCAGGAACUGGCCAGUGAUAUGGAAGACCAACUCAUAGAGCAAAUAAAAGAGGCAAAGUAUUUUUCAUUGCAAUUUGAUGAAUGCAGAGAUAUUGCUAACAUGAUCAUUCUUUUAGUGUAUGUGCGAUUUGAACAUGAUGAUGAUAUAAAGGAAGAAUUCUUCUUCUCAGCCUCUUUACCAACAAACACGACUAGCUCAGAACUGUAUGAAGCUGUGAAGAAUUACGUUGUCAACAAGUGUGGUCUGGAAUUUAGGUUUUGUGUAGGAGUAUGUUCUGAUGGUGCAGCUUCCAUGACAGGAACACAUUCUGAAGUGGUUACCCAGAUUAAAGAGCUUGCACCAGAAUGUAAAAUCACACAUUGCUUCAUCCAUCGAGAAAGUCUGGCUAUGAAAAACAUAUCAGCUGAACUGAAUAGUGUGCUUACUGACACAGUAAAAAUUGUGAAUUAUGUAAAGUCUAAUGCAUUAAAUUCAAGAUUGUUCUCCUUAUUAUGUGACAAUAUGGAAGCUGAUCAUAAGCAACUGUUACUGCAUGCUGAGAUACGGUGGUUAUCACGAGGAAAAGUUCUAUCAAGAAUGUUUGAAAUACGGAAUGAACUCUUCGUAUUUCUGCAAAGCAAGAAACCAGUUUGGUCCCAACUUUUCAAAGAUGUGAAUUGGACAGCCAGACUUGCUUAUUUAUCUGAUAUCUUCAGUAUUUUUAAUGAUCUUAACGCUUCCAUGCAGGGAAAGAAUGCAACAUGUUUUUCAAUGGCUGAUAAGAUUGAAGGACAAAAGCAGAAGUUGGAAGUGUGGAGGAACCGAGUUUCCACCAAUUGCUAUGACAUGUUCCAUAACUUGACAACAGUUAUCCAUGAAGCGGGUCGUGAUCUUGAUAUCGUCCAUCUGCGAAGAGUUGUCAAGGAACAUCUUACAAACUUGUUGGAUUGUUUUGAAUUGUAUUUUCCAUCAAAAGACGAUCCACGCGUAGGAAACUCUUGGAUCCAAAAUCCAUUUCUUCCAUCAAGAGAGAAUUUGAAUCUAACUAUAACCCUCUGGGGUGACUUGCUAAAGCUGGCUGCUGAUGAAGGCUUGAAAGUGAAUUUUGAAAGUACAGCAUCACUUGCUUCAUUUUGGAUAAAAGUUAAAAAUGAAUAUCCUGAGCUUGCUGAGGUCGCUUUAAAAUCCCUUCUCCUGUUCCCCUCAACAUCCCUUUGUGAGACGGGGUUCUCUACUUUGAGUGUUAUUAAAACAAAACACAGAAACAGUUUAAAUAUCCAUUAUCCCCUGAGAGUGGCACUGUCCUCAAUCCAGCCUAGAUUAGACAAGUUAACCAGCAAGAAGCAAGCGCAUUUAUCACAUUAAUGACUUGAAGGUAUUCUGACAGAGUGUGCAUACACACAUCAGGGAAUAUGGAGUUAUGAUUAAAAUAGCAGUUCUCUAUAUAAAUUGUCUAUAUGGACACUUUCAGUUAAAUGUACAGUUUUUUAAAUUCUUUUUUCUUGUAUUUAUUAAAAUGUAACUUUAAAUCUGUUGCUUCUAAUAUUAAAAUUUUGGUCUUACAUUUUGUA